CUCGCCGUCGCGGCGCGGGACCUGGGGCGGAACCACUCGAUCGUAGCCCCGCACAGACCGAUUCUACAGCCGUUGGAUCAUCCUUGUUCGGUCCAGAUGCACGCGCGGUAGGCAUGUAUACUCCACCGGUACGCCGAGUGAGGUUUGCCCUCGUAAGCCAUGUCACCCCGGGCCGCCGGCGACCGCCGCGAGAGCGAGACCCUAGCCAAGGUCUCCCUAUCGUCGGUCUCGGCCGCCGCGGCGGAGGUCUCAACCUUCCCCCUCGACGCCCUCAAGACGCGCCUCCAGCUCCGCCGCAGCACCGGUGGUGGUGGUGGUAGCGGCGGCGGCGUCUUACGCGUCGCGGGCGAGCUCGUCCGCGACGGGGGGUUCUACCGGGGCCUCUCCCCCGCCGUCCUCCGGCACCUCUUCUACACGCCGCUCCGCAUCGUCGGCUACGAGCACCUCCGGUCCUCCCUUGCCAGCGGGGGCCGGGAGGUGGGCCUCCUCGAGAAAGCGAUUGCUGGGGGAGCCUCCGGCGUCGCCGCGCAGGUGGUGGCAAGUCCAGCUGAUCUCAUAAAGGUAAGGAUGCAAGCAGACAGCAGAUUGUUGACCCAAGGCAUUCGACCUCGGUAUACAGGAAUCUUAGAUGCCUUCACGAAAAUCACUCGUGCAGAAGGUUUGUUAGGACUUUGGAAGGGGGUUGGUCCUAAUGCCCAGCGAGCAUUUCUUGUCAACAUGGGCGAGUUGACCUGCUACGACCAGGCAAAGCAUUUCAUCAUCCGCAAGCAGAUCUGCGACGACAAUCUGUAUGCUCACACACUGGCCUCUGUUGCCUCUGGUCUGUCUGCAACUACAUUGAGCUGCCCAGCGGAUGUGAUCAAAACCAGGAUGAUGAACCAGGGCCUGGAGGCGAAGGCUCUGUACAGGAAUUCUUAUGAUUGUUUGGUCAAGACCGUCAAACAUGAGGGCCUAACAGCAUUGUGGAAGGGUUUCUUACCUACAUGGGCCAGGCUUGGCCCAUGGCAGUUUGUGUUCUGGGUUUCCUACGAAAAACUCCGACAGGCAUCAGGUAUUUCUUCGUUCUGAUAGUGCUGUGCUGGCUGAGUUUUCAUACAAGAGGCAUACAGAUCAAAGAUACUGUUAUUUCUGAACCUUUAGCCUGUGGCUACGUGUUACUGUGCCCAUGUGCAUUUACGUUUAAUUUGGGCCUGAACUCUGUA